CAGCCAUGGCUAUGAGUUGUGUUACCUCUUUAAUUCCCUCCUCAGUUGCCAUCGUUAUUGUAGCUCUUUUCUCCCUUCUCUCCUCUGCGCAUUGCUUCGACGCAAAUCAGCCUGCGAACAUCUUCAGGGGUUUGGUGACUGCGGAUAAAUCAAGGCUGGGCUCUAUGCCGCCGACCUGCCACAAUAAAUGCAACCAGUGCCAUCCCUGUACCGCCGUGCAGGUGCCGUCGAUGCCGAACUCCGCGGCCGGCCGGGGAAAGAAGAAGCUCGAUUUCUUCGAUUCGAACAGGGGAAGCAGAUACGCCAAUUACAAGCCGCUUGGGUGGAAAUGCGCAUGCGGUAGCCAUUUCUACAAUCCGUGA